CCUCCCGCCACCAAUAAGGCGCGGAGUUGGCCAGAGACUGUGCUACGGGGGCCCGUAAGGGCCGCUCCCCGUCAGAAAGCGAAACCGCGCUGGGAGGAAGUCACCGCAGUGUUUGGGAAAGCAAUACAGACCUUAUCACGAGUGAGUGAUGACCUGUGGCUAGACCCAUCUGAGAAAGGUGUAAGUAAGUCCAGUUAAAAAAGCGAGGUGUGGUGGCGCAGGCCUGUAAUCCCAGCACCAGGGAGGCGGAGCUCAGCCAGCUACACAGGGAAUUUGAGACCAGUUUGCACUACGAGAACCUGUCUUACAAGCCAAAAUAAAUUCAGAAAGUGAUGGAUCAUACAUUAAAGCAGGAGAACAGGUUUGAAAGAGCCAAGUCCAGGGACACAGGUGGUGGGCACAGUCCCAAGCGCUUGAAAAUCCAGAACCUGACAGUUCCAGGCACGCAUUCCCAGGAUGGCUGAACCGAGUGGUAGCUUCUCCCCUUAAACAAGCUUGCUCUGAGAUCUGUGAAUUCCUCUCAUUCAACAUAUGGCUGUGUCCUGUUCUCGUCUUUGUUUUUUCAACAUUAUCAAUGGUCACCCUCCGCCAUGAUGAGUGAUAAUGACAUACCCAUGAAUUUAAACUGCAAAUUGGCAAUAAAGUCAAUUCUGCCAAUCUUUAGGUGUCUGAAUUAUCUUGAAAGAAGUGUAGAGAAGUGCAGAAUAGUCGCCAGAACGGAUAAAUGCAGAGUCGUCUUUCAGUUCUUCUGCAGGCAUGGUAUUAAAAGAACGCACAAUGUGUAUUUCCAAGACAGCCAGCCCUUGAAAAUUCUCUUUGAAAAGAGCUUGUGUGCCAAUAUCCUGAUGAUUAGACCAAGAUUGCUGGCUGAGGCCAUUGUUCUUCUAACGUCAAAUCAAGAGGAAGUCACCUUUUCUGUUACUCCAGGGAAUUUCUGCCUCAAGAGUUCGAGUGGGGAAUCCCUGGAUUUAAGCAGUUCUGUGUACAGUGAGAUGUCUUUCGGCCCAGAAGAGUUUGACUUUUUUCAAGUUGGACUUGAUACCGAAAUAACAUUUUGCUUUAAAGAACUAAAGGGGAUCCUCACCUUUUCAGAAGUGAUGCACACUCCCAUAGCCAUCUACUUUGACUUUCCUGGGAAACCGGUUGUUUUGAGUAUUGACGACAUGCUCUUGGAGGCGAACUUUAUCUUGGCCACGUUAGCGGAUCAGCCAAGCAGAGUGUCUUCACCACAGUCACUGUGUCUUUCCCAGGCACAAAGAAGGCCAGACGCCACACAGUCAAGUGCCCAGGGGUGUAAAAGCCAAGCCAGCCAGGCCCCAGAGAGCAUCUCCCGAGCAGCACCCAAAAGGCUGUUUCCCAAGGAGCCUCCGGACAGCAGCUCUGCCACAGAGACCAAGAGAGCGAGCGCCAGUCAGGACGACAUCUCUGAAGUGCCUGAAAGUGUUGUCAGUGACAUGGAGGAAGGACCAAGCCCUUCACACCUCAGGAAGUACCCAGAAAUCAGAAGAGUUGUCAGAUCCUGUGGAACUGGAGUUACAGGCAGUUGUGAGCCACCCAGCUUGUGUGAAGACGGGAACAGAACUUUUCCUGCAUGUUCUUUGGAGCAGUUUCUUCUGAGCAGCAAGAACACGCCAGCCACCCUUUGGACAGCCUGGCAAUAGCAAGUGACAGUGAAGAGGACAUGAGGGGAUGAGUGUCCACAGCCUGACGCUCAGAGACAGCUGCACCGGGUGCUGAGCCCUGGCUCCUUGAAGGCCAAGGGAGAAUGGAGCAGACACUGUUCCCGGGCUUUCCUAAUAUCACUAUGCACUACAAAUCCAUUGUGCCACUUGGGGACAGAGCUGGGCACAGGAAUGAACAUAUCAAGGUUCUUUGUUUUGCUUUUUUGAGACAGGGUUUCUCUGUGUAGUUUUGGUGCCUGUCCUGGAUCUUGCUCUGUAGACCAGGCUGGCCUCGAACUCACAGAUCUGCCUGGCUCUGUCUCCUGAGUGCUGGGAUUAAAGGCGUGCGCCACCGUCACCUGGCCAUAUCAAGGUUCCUAGACACCGUUUACCCUGCAGUCUUGCCACGUCCUCUGCCUGUCCCUAAAGGCAGACUUUCCUCAGCACCUCGGUGGCAGGGGGCAUUUCUCAGGAGCCUCUAGGACUCUUCUGUUCGUGACUGAGGACAACAGACAUACAGUCCCUUCUUAGGCAAUGACCUGGCAGUUUCUGUUCACUGUAGGUUAUGAAUAAAGAAAUCUACAGUUAA